UUUCAGGAGAACUCAGGAACCACCAGCAGUCGGAGAACUCAGGAAGCCACCGAAACGUGAGCGGGAACGUAGGAGAUGGCAACACCACCCUGGAGAAAGGCUGCUUGGAGCUGAGGAAAAGUCUCUGCUUGUCACAGUUGCAAGAGGGUGAGGGGUGCAAGCUGUGCCCCACGGGCUGGACGCUGCACGGGAGCAAGUGUUACUGGGUUACCGACAUGAUCAAUUCGUGGAGCAAGAGCCGGGAGGACUGCAGGAAUCGGAGGGGCGAGCUGCUGAUGCCGGGGGACCAGGAAGAGCUGGCUUUCCUAAACAAAAUCCUGCAGAAACCCGGACGCUACUUCUGGAUCGGCCUCUCCAUCCCCUCCGCCGGGAAGGGCUGGACCUGGCUGAACGGCUCCCGCCUGGACCAGAGCCGGUUCCCGCUGAUCCCCUGGGAUGAAGGCAGAAGAGCAAAGAGGCCCUGGACGGGGAGUGGUUUUUUUGCGGGGAAGGCAGAUGGGAUUCGUCACUUAAAAACCAUCCUUCUCAUGCUGGCGGGUUUUAGCCUCAAGUGCAUUAAGGAUAAAAAGGUCCCCAUCGCGGUCACCGUGGUCAUAGCAGCGUUGCUCCUCACCAUCAUCGCGCUGGCAGGUAAGUGGCUGAGGAUGGAGGUGCCCACCAUUGAAGUCUUCUCCUUCGCUGGAGAAAACCCACGGGGCUGCCUGGAAGAAGAGAUCGGGUAUGGGGACAAGUGUUUUCGCUUCGUGGAGGCCGAAGCAGACUGGAACGGGAGUCAGAUCUUUUGCCUUUCUCUUGGAGCCCAUUUGGCUACCAUCGACUCCAGGAGGGAGCUGCAUUUCCUCUUGCGCUAUGGGGCUGACAGGGACUUCUGGAUUGGCCUGCAAAGGGAAGACGCUGGACCUUGGAAAUGGAUCAACGGGUCUCUCUGCAAUAACCUGUUUGAAGUCCGGGGCAGCGGACAAUGUGCCUAUGUCAAUGUGGACGGGAUCAGCAGCGACUGGUGCUCCCAGAAGAAAUACUCUGUCUGCAGCCACCUGCAAAAGCACCCCAGCAGGAUUCUGAAGGAUUCAGAAAUCCUUCUGCAUUUCACCUCAGAUUUCCCCCCUCGGCAGAGGAGAUCACAAGCUGCUGUUAACAGCGCACAAGACAAUAAGAGACAUGGGAAUGUUUGA